UUACCAAAAGUUCGCUACGAGUCGCUGCACACAAGACUGCGCAUGUCCGUAGCCUGUCGUUACGACGCCAUUUUUCGAGGCAACCAAAUACCACUGGCCAGAAUAACAUUGUAACGGGAAGGACUAGAAGAUUGGAAUAACGGACUGAAUUCUGCGGUUUUGCUCGACAUAUCGAUACGUACCGGCCAAAGUCUAUUCGCUGAUGCUGUAGGGGAUAUUAUGAAGGAGAUGACAUGAAUUUCGGUGGGAACCUUGCAGUGCAGAUCCAUGAUGGAAAGCCGGGCAUAUUCCCAGUCAGAGGGCAACCCCAACCAAAGAAGAAAAAGAAGGACAUCUACCUGUCAAAGCAAAACAAACAUCCUCUGAGAAGACCAGCUCAGGAGGAACCAGCCAAUGAGAACAAGGAUGGAGGACCAACAUCCAAUCAGAAUCAAGCAAAGAAAACCAAACCAGCCAAUAGAAAGCCUCCUCCCAAUCCAAGGACCAAGAGGGGGAAGGAUGAUGGGAAGGGAACAAAGAAUGAUGGGAAGGCCGGAGAAGGGACUGUGACUCUGACACAACAGCAGCUGAAUGCGAUAUUGGCUUCCAUAGGCAAGGCAACAGACACAAGUAGUGCUGUCAAUGUUCAAAUCGAAAACAAUGAGGUCAAAAUUGUAUCCAAUGAAAAUGGACCACAAACGAGCGGUGAGACGUCAGGCCCAACAGACGGUUCCGGAGACGCUGGCCAGGCGGUCAGUGGUCAGUCUGACCCUCUUGUGGACCCGGCCCCUGCCCAGCCAGCUGAGACGGAGACCACCACCCCUGGGGAAGAGACUUUACAGGGUCAGGAACAACCCAAAACUGAACCUACACAACAACAACAACCAGAUAACACACACAGUACUAAACAGCAGUCCAGCUAUGGAGGCCUGUUGUCUACUAUUGGUAAGGAGGAGGAGGACAAGAGAACAGCAGCUGAGUCCAGGAAGGCUCAACUCAGGAGAGAGUUAGAGGAGCAGAUAGCAGAUAAGAAGCGUAGGGACCAACAGGCGCGGGACCGGUCAGCAGUGGAGCGGGCACGACCGGUGGAGGACUACGUUCCGUGGGGACGUCCCGGGGCGGGCGCGCCACUACGGUCGCAGUCAGGGAAGGUUGUUGCGGAGUACGGGGACACCAGAAGGUCCCUACAGCAGAAAACCUCUCCCAGGGCAGCUGACGACACAGCAGCUGUGCAGCAGACAGUAGCGAGACAGCAGCCACAGCCCAACCACACACAGUCACCAGGCCAGUCUGAACCGGCUCCAACCAGUCAGGCCCACCUGGCUGUCUCCACUGUGCCACCUCCACAUGCCAUGAGGAGCUCUUUCACUAUAGGGGGUACAGCCCCUGGUGAUGACCAGUAUGUCACAACAGAUCAAGAUGAGAAGAAGAGAUGGCUACAGGAACUAGAAAAACAGAGAGAAGAAGCCAGACAGAGGAAACAGAGGGAAAGGCAGAGGGACAAAGAGGGAGGGGGUAUGGAUGCGUGGACUCGUCACUUCGAUACGUACCACCCCACGGCAAGAGAACCCCCCACGGCCAGGGGAGCCGACGCCCCGCCCCCUGUCCCAGAGCCCCGCCCCCAGCCGGCCCAGUCCCCCACCCCUGGGGCACAAGACGCUGUGGUACAGGAGACCGACCAGCAUACCACUCCGCGGACUUCCUUAGAGAGAAGAAACUUUUUGCGGACGGGUGCAGCCCUGAAGGACCCCGCCCAGCUGGAGGAACUGGAGAGAAGACGGCUGAAAGACCUGGAACAUAAGAGAGCAAUCCAGGAACAGGUGGAGGAACGACAGCGGGUGAAGCGGGAAGAGCGCGAGCGUCGGGCGCGGGAGGAGGCGGAGGAGGAGCAGCGACUGGCGAGGGAGCGACAGACGCUACAGGACCAGUUCGACCGAGAACUACAGGAGCAGAGGAGGAAGGAGGAGCUUCUGAACCAGAAGACAAAGCUACUGUUUGAGUCCAUGCAGCAGGCUGAACAACAGGCACUUCAGGAGAAGCGACAGCAGCGGAUGAGACACCUGGAGAGGCACGGCCACGACGUCACCAACCUCCGCCACACCUUCGAGUCCACGGAGCCCCAGCUGUCCUACCGGUCCUCCCACCCAGGGGAGGUCCCCCCGCUCCAGGGGCUGUCCCCCAGGGAGCAGUUUGGAGUCAUCCACUCUCGCAGAGACCCUCCCCCUCACCCCGGGGCUUCCUACCACUCCCCCAGGGAAGCAGACCAACCGACCGUUUCUUACAUCUCGUCUCCGAGAAGAGAAACAGCUGUGCAGACAGAUCCCUUCCGUCUGCCAGAUGAAGUCCCAGUCACCAUGCCUGAGGAGGGUGACAGCAGUAGUGUGGAGAUAGAGUACAGGGACAGCAGAGAACAGCAGAGGAGCAGGCAGAACAGGGAUGCCGCCAAACGUGGCAAGAAGGAGGCCAGCAACAGGAGAGCCGCUGCCACAGACAGCGAGAAAGAGAACAGCAGAACAAAGAGAAAAGCCGAGAAACCAGCAGAAAAACCCAGGUGGGGAGCCAGCAACUCCAAAGUGCAGGGGAAGAAAUUUGUGAAAGCAUCAGAAAGAUAUCCUAAUAAACUGAAGAAAAAGAGGGAAGAAAACCUCAUCAAGAGGGAGAGAGAGUUAAAGAAACAGAUGGAGGCAAACUCCAAGGAGAGGCUGCGACAGAGGAUGGUCGAACAGAGGUCGUCGCCAGAGGUCACCGGUCGAAAGUCGCCGCCUGUACCAACUCUGGCAGCGAAAAACAAAAACAAAGACGAUGAUGACUUGUAUGCGCCGUACGAAAGGACUAGUCGGAAGCCAAAGCGACAGGAGGCAGUGAGAGUGGCACAGGAAUUCAGGUCAGACUCUCCUCCUGUUCCUGCACUCAGAAAGAAGGCGGAGGGGGAUGGAAAGGAACCAUCCUUCCCUCCCCAACAGAGGGGUGAAGUGGACCGGCCCAAUGUCAGAGGGCAAAGGGCGUGGGACGGAGGGGAACCUGGUCAGUACGACUACGACUCGGCGCCCAGGGCCAACUCACCCCCCGUCCCGGCCCUCAGGAGCAAAACAAAGCAGCCAGGUCCUGACAGGGAAAGAAACCCCCGCCAGAGCCCAGAGAGGAGCAGAAACCCCAUUCGGAGCCCAAGCAAAAGCCCUGACAGGAAGCCCAAAGUACGGCAGAAGUCUCCUGAAAGAUAUGGAACGUUAAACGACCAUCCUCACUCCCCCCUGCGUGAUGGAGAUUUCAUUCCGUUCCGGCGGACAGACGACGGCGUACUGGAUCCGCAGGAGCCCAUGUCCCUACCGGAGACCCGGGAGGCCCCGCGGUUACGCAGGCGCGCCAGCACGGACCACAGUCCUCACAGGGGAGGGGGGGAACAGGUGCCAGACAACAUGAGGUCUGCAAGUGCUGGACAGACUAAGGACCCUCUACUGAACCCAGGGAUGGUGAAAAAUCCCCAGAGACAAGAACAGAUCCUCAAGCAGCUGAAGAGUCUCAGGGAGGGUCUACUGAUGAGGCAGAGGGAGAUCGAGUCCUGCAUGUCUCCUCCUAUAACAGCCUUCCAGCCUGACUUACAGAACCCACAACACGGACCACAGUAGAACUACUACAUGUAGAACAGUACCAGACCACUAGUUUUCGAUAGACCAUACAA